GAAGAAGCAGACACAAAGAUGUGAUUCCUCGCUACCUUUGUGUUGUGCGCUUUCCAGUUGGGAAAUGAACUUCCAGUUUGUUGCUCACCUCUUAUAGGCACUUGAUGACUGAGCACAACAAUACCGUAGAAAUACUGCAGAGUUGGACAUUUAUAGGGAUAGCAUUAUGGACUUGUAUAGGUUGGUAAAGCCUUCUGAGAUCAUCAAGUCCAACUACUGUCCCGGAACUACAACUAACCCAGUAAAUUCCUCCAGGGAUGGGGACUCCACCACUGCCCUGGGCACCUGUGCCAGGACUGAGCAAUCCUUUCAGGGAAGAAAUUUUCCCAAUAUCCAACCUAAACCUCUGCUGGUGCAACUUGAGGCCAUUUCCUUUUGUCCUGUCUCUUGUUCCCUGGGCAAAAAGCCUGACACCCUCCUGUCAGUUAAUUUCUUCCACCUCCAGAUUGUGUAACUCAAAUUUCUCUUCCAAAGCACACAGUGUUAAAACAUUUUCAGCCUUGUAUCCUGAAAAGUGACCAGACAGGAACUUAGAGAGAUCUAGGGCUGCAUUAAGGUGGAACAAACAAGAGAUUUAUUUGGCUUCUUCAGGCAAAAUGGCACCAAACAGACACCAAAGGCUAAAUUCACUGUGGUUUCUAUUGCCCUCAGCACUGUCACAACUGUGGCAGUGCUGGGGAAGGAGAGUCAAGGAAGAUGGAAAGGAACUUUUCGCUAGGAACUGGAGUGACAGGACAAGGGAGAAUGGUUUCCCACUGCCAGAGGGCAGGGUUAGAUGGGAUAGUGGGAGGAAACUGUUCCCUGCAAGGGUGGUGAGGCCCUGCUACAGGUUGCCCAGAGAACCUAUGACUGCACCUGGAUCCCUGGAAGUGUCCAAGGCCAGGCUUGAUGGGGCUUGGAGCAACCUGGGACAGUAGAAGAUGUCUCUGCCAUGGCAGGGGAUGAAACGUGGUGAGCUAUAAGAUCCUUUCCAGCCAAAAUCAUUCAAUGAUUCUGUGUCUGAGGCCAGCUGGGGAAGAGAAUGGCUGUGUCCCUCCCAGUGCCAGUGAGCACCAAGACCAGGGUUGCAGGAUCAGGGAAACAGAAAUGAUGGGGGUGGAAUCCACCACAGCAAUGUUUAAGUUUGUGCACUUGGAAACUAAACCUAAUGGUUUCUUCUACAGUCUGGAAAAAAUCUCAGUUGUGCUGGUGAAUCAUAGGAAGGAUAUGAGCAGGACCUGGGCACUGCAGCACUGGAGAUAAAGGAAAAUCUGGAAUGCACCAAGAAAGUACAUUUCCUGUCAGGAUGGGAAUGUCUAGUUUGUUAAACACAGCACUAGGAGACUGACCUGGAGCACCCUGUGCCUGUGUGCAGGGUGGGAUCUGGCCAGGAAGGCAGGUGGAGGAGGUGAUUAGUGUGAGGAAAAUCCUAGGGGAGCUUGUUUUGUCAAAAAAACACCAAAGGGCUUCUUGCUUGGGUAAGCAGAGAGAGGCCUGGGAGAAAGCAGUAAAUAUUAGAAGGAUGAUAAAGGAUGAAGAAAACCAGGAGGAAGCAGGCAGGAUAACAAAUGGAUACAAAAUGCUGGACAUGGGGUAAAUCUGCGUGGAAACUUGGAGAGAAAAGCCUGUCUCCUGUCCCUGUGGGAGAACUCCCAUGUGCCAGUAAAGCUUCAGUAUGAAUUAGGGAAAUGGAAAGUUGGUGCUGCCAGCCAAAGCCCAGGCUUAGGGCACUGUGUGGACCAGGAGAAGGGGAGACUAGGAUUUCCAUCUGUGCAGAAGAAGGGAUGUCUUUGGGGCUUGGUGAGGGGAAGUGGGGAUGUGUGAGGAAGAGCAGCUGCAGGAACAGCCCCUCAGGGUCUGAGGGUCGGUAGGAGCUCUGAGAGUCCCCAAGGGGACAGGUCUGCAGAGCUGGGAGCAUUCGCUACAUGCCGCCUCCAUCUCUCCGGUGGAAACCAGUCUGCCUCAACACCACCACCUCCAGCUCUUUCCCGAGGGCUGAGCGCGUCUGACGGCACCGAUCCCACACUGCAGCGGGGUAAAGAGGAAAACUUCUUCUGAAGCGGGUGCUUCCUUGCCGAUUUUAACCAGGAGCUGUCACUGUCACAGCAGCGGCCCCCCGCAUCCCUUCGUAGCCACGCUGCCCACUUUAGUAGACCCCCGGUCGCCAUGGCACAGGCUGGGGCUGCCUCCUCUACCUCCCACUCCCGGCCUGCCGGCCGGUGCAUUUUUCCCUGUUUUCUCACUGGGUUGGCCCAUUGCCUUUAAAAGGCGAAAUGCUUCGGACUAAAUUUGGUCAUGUAGCUCUGCAUGGUUCCCUGGAAUGUCCUCGGGUUUCAGGCUUCUCUGAUAGCACCAUUCCCCGCCUCCCGCCGGGCUCCAUUGGCUUCCCAGCGGCCGAACCGCUACUGGACCCUGUUAUUGGCCAACUCUUGGACCGAGGGGUGUCCCCUCUGGAUUACCGCCGUAUCCCCGGCUGGAGAGCUGUUGAGAUUUAACACUUCAGCAGCUGCUGCCGCUCGGGAAGCAGCCUUGGAGCUUCGGCUUCUUUUUUUUUCUCUUACUUUGGGUACCACACAACCGCCACCGUGUCUCGCCAGCGAGCCAAGAUGUCCAAAGUGGCCAAAUACCGGCGACAAGUUAGUGAAGAUCCAGAUAUAGACAAUUUAUUGUCUACUUUGUCUCCAGAGGAGAUGGAGGAGCUGGAAAAGGAGCUGGAUGUGGUGGAUGCGGAUGGGAGCAUCCCUGUGGAACGCAGUCAGACAAACCAAUCAGAAAACUCCUCACCUGGCCCAAAAAACUGUGACACGGCGCUCAACCACCACGACAAGGACACCAGGAGGCUCCUGCAGCGGGAACACUCGAUAGACGAAAGCAGGUUGAGCAAGAAUAAGGGAGACAAAAAUCAAGAUGAAAAAGGAAAGGAAUCUCCUUCCAAAGACCGGGCCCAGAAACAAGAUGCUAAAGUGGGGAAAGACUCUAAAAAGGAAGAAAGUGUUCAGAAAACAGACCUGAAAGGUAAAGCUGAGACUGAGACAAAGACCAAAGAGAACAAAGCUAUGAACGAUAAAGUCAAGGCCAUGGAGAAAAAGCUGAUGGGUAAGGACAAGAAGGAGGAAGAGAAAGGUUCAGUGUUGAGGGAGGACACAAGGAAGGACAAAAAGGAGGAAGAGAAGAGCUCAGAAUUGAAGAAAGAUGCAGGGAAGGAUAAAAAGGAGGAAGAGAACAGCUCAUAUUUUAAAAAGAAGGGUACAGAAAAGGAUAAAAAGGAAGAAGAGAAGGUCUCAGCAGCAAAGGAGAAGACAGAGAAGGAAAAAAAGCAAGAAAAAGAUUCAGCAUCAAAGGACACAGGGAAGGACAAAAAGGAGGAGAAGAGUUCAGAAUCAAAGAAACAGGCAGAAAAAUACAUAAGAGGGGAAGGUAAGAAAGAAAAUGAUAAAAAAGAAGAGGAAAAGGCUUCAGCUGAGAAAAAAUCCAAGGCAGAUGAAAAGGAUAAAUCCCAGGCAGAAGCAGAAAAGGCAGAAAAGGUGGAGGAGAAACAGGAGGCCAAGACAGGAGCCGGGAGCAGCCCUUCCAAGCCUUCCUCCAGCAGCUCCGCCAAUCAAGCCAAGGACGAUGAAGCCUCCAGCAUCUUUGAUGAGCUCAUUGAGAAGGUGAAGAACAACGAUGCUGAGGUGACUGAGGUCAACGUGAACAACUCUGACUGCAUCAACAAUGAGACCCUGGUGCGCUUCACUGAGGCCCUGGAGUUCAACACUGUGGUCAAGGUGUUCGCUCUGGCUAACACCCGUGCUGACGAUCACGUGGCCUUCGCCAUUGCCAUAAUGCUCAAGUCCAACAAGGUGCUGACAAGCAUCAACUUGGACUCCAACCACAUCACAGGCAAGGGCAUCCUGGCCAUUUUCAGGGCACUAUUGCAGAACAACACACUGACAGAGCUACGUUUCCACAACCAGCGGCACAUCUGUGGGGGAAAGACAGAGAUGGAGAUUGCCAAGCUCCUGAAGGAGAACACCACGCUCCUGAAGCUAGGCUACCACUUCGAGCUGGCUGGGCCACGUAUGACCGUCACCAACCUGCUGAGCAGAAACAUGGACAGGCAGAGGCAGAAACGCCUCCAGGAGCAGAAACUGGCACAGGAACGGGGGGAGAAGAAAGACCUCCUGGAGGUGCCCAAGCCUGGAGUGCUGCCGAAGGGGUCCCCCAAAGCAUCCCCACAGCCAUCCCCUAAGGCUUCCCCCAAAAGUUCUCCCAAGAAAGGGGGGGCACCCACCAUGCCACCCCCACCUCCUCCUCCACUUGCCCCACCACUGAUGAUCAAUGAGAACCUGAAGAACUCGCUCUCGCCAGCCACACAGAGGAAGUUGGGAGACCGGGUGCUGCCAGUCCAGGAGAAGAACUCUCGGGACCAGCUCCUGGCAGCCAUUCGCUCCAGCAACCUCAAACAGCUCAAGAAGGUGGAGUUGCCGAAGCUGCUGCAGUAGGGAGCGGGAGGAUUUUUCCCCUGCAGCCCAUGGCAGACCCCCAGACACUGACUUUUCUCAUGACUGUUUCCAUGACAAACCCUUUGGAACCUGCAGUGACCAGCGGCAAGGAUCAGGGAUCUCUCUGGGACACGGAGAACGGGCCGGGCCCAGCAGGACAUGACGGAGGAUGUUGUAUUUAUUUUUUGAUGGUUGUGAAGCCUUCAAGCUCGCUCUUCUACCAGCACCGUGCCCCGCUGAAGAUGCCAAGAAUAGAGCAGGGGUCUGCAGAGCUGAUCUUACAGAAAUCCCCCAUCAGAGCAUAAGAAAGGGGUUUGGCACCCUCUACCCAGGGUCCAGCCUGGGGUGAGCAGGAGCACCCCCAGCCUUAGGGGGGAGCAGGGGACUCCCAGACCAUCGUCACAUCACCACAAGGUGUCUGGGCGGCCAGCAGAGUUUUGGGAUUCAGGCACAGCAGUGGUUGCAGAGUUGGGGGUUCAGGCUUGGCAUCAGGAGGAAUGGGAGGUUUGGCAAAGGGAGCAGCUGGGGAGAGAGGGGGCAUGAAAGUGGUGGGACAUGGGGAUCCAGGCUUGGGCCAGGAGCUUGGGGCAUCUUGUAUGCACUCACAGCACUGCAGGGAGACCCCCAGAACCCUCAGAGCAUGGAAAUGAAAUCUGCCUCAGAGAGAGCAGGGAAAGCACCGUCUCAAGGGGGGCAGUAGGUUUUGGGGUCAUACCCACCACCCCCCCACCCCCCCCCCCAUCCUUCCUGUUGUGACACCUUGAUUACGAUUUGUAUGACAGUGGCCACUGCAUCAGCAAUAAAGCUCACCCAAUGCUU